AUGGCUGCCAUUAACAGAGCUUUUAGUUCAAUACCAUUGUACAGAAUGGAGUACCAUCAGCCAGACCCAUUUCUUCAGAGGACCAAUGCAUCAGGGAUUGUCAAUUCUCCUUUUCUUGAUACACCUGGCAAUGAACAUAACCAAAUGAACAGUAUUCCCAUUGGUACUGGCCUCGGCAAUAAUGGUUCAUGCUUCAAUAUGUAUAGCCCUUUUCUUUCAAACCCUGUUACUGGAGGAGAAAUUAUGGGCACGUUUUUGGGAAAUGCAUUGCCUGUGCAGAAUGCUGGGAUGACCCAUGUUAUAGCUCAGACUUGUACUGGGCCUAGUAGCCGAAUAAGGAAAAAGCAUAGGCGAGAUCAAGAUGUCUUUGACUGUCCAUCGAAAAGAAGGAAGCUCUGUGCACCUCCUGUUCAUGAAGGAUGUCAAACUCCAACCACUUAUACCAGAGAUGAAUUACAGUCCUGCUGGAGACCUAGCCAUUCACAAGACAUGCAAGAAGCUGUAGCUCCAUUGCUUUGUGUACCAUCAUCUGAGAUGCAGGCAACCCUCACUGAGGGUAUGGAUGAAACCACAGUAGAAUCUCAGUCUGAUACUGCUCUUAGAAGAAUUAGGGAUAUUGAAAGCAGGCUAGUCAUUGAAGAGGAGGAGGAUGGUGAAGAAGAAGAAAAUAAAAAUGACCAUUUACCAACACUUGUAAUGUCUGAUGUACUCGUAGAAAGCUUGAAAAAAGGCUUGGAUGAAUCACUGACCAGGAAGAUUGUAGAUUCCAUGAAUCGUCCGUCCAUGGAGCUUGUCCUUUGGAAACCCCAACCAGAAUUUCUUAUUGAUAAACUCCAAAGUUUUACCAGUAGUCAUAAGGAAGAAGCGGAAGCAUCCAAACAAGAUACCCCUAAAACACCAUUCCUCCGGCAAGUAGAUCCACUGGAGGAAGACAAAUCUAACAUCUUGAAUUUAGACUGUGAUAAUGACCCCUUGUGGGGCAGAGAAGAGGAGGAAAUGGAACUUUGA